AUGUCAUCAUUAACAUCUCUUAUCCCAUUUGAAUGGUUUGAAAUUCAUAGUAAUUCUCGUUCACCUCAACUUCGUGUUGGUCAUUCAAGUACAUUUGUUCGUUCAUCAUCAAAUAUUUAUAUAAUUAGUGGUGCAAAUCCAUCAGAAUGUUUUGCAGAUAUUCAUUCACUUUCAUUACCAUCAAAAACAUCUGAAUCAUUUAUAUGGACAAAAUUAAUUGGUGAAGAUUCAGCACUUCGACGUUAUGAACAUUCAGCUGUUUUAUCAUCAGAAAAUAAUGAUCAAAUUAUAAUAUUUGGUGGUGCUAAUACAGAAAAUAAUUUUAAUGAUGUUCAUAUAUUUAAUAUUUCAACAAAAACAAUCGAAAAUUGCACACCAAAAGAUAAUAAAUUAGUAUCACCUCGAACUCAUCAUUCAAGUUGUUGUAUACAAAAUGGUUUAUAUAUAUUUAGUGGUGGUUUUCAAGGUGCUAAAGCAGUUGAUGAUGCUGAAUUAUAUCGAUUUGAUUUAGUUUCUCAUACAUGGUCAUGUGUACCAGCUCAUGGUACUCCACCUGAACAACGACAUGGUCAUUGUUUAUUAUCACUUGGUAAUUCUCGUCUUUAUCUACAUGGUGGUAUGGAUGGACGAACAUUUUUUUCAUCACUUUAUUCAAUUGAUAUUAAUGAAAAUCCACCAAGAUGGAAAGAACAUACAUCAUCAUCUCGUCCAAUGGCUCGAGCAGCACAUGGUGGAGUUUCUAUUGAAAAUACAUCAACAUUAUUUAUAUUUGGUGGUUUAUCACGUAGUGGUCAAGCAUUAAAUGAUACAUGGUCAUGGUCAGCAAAUAAUGAACAAUGGACAGAAAUUCUUUGUCGAUCUUUACCAAGACCUAGACUUGAUUUUGCAUAUUGUCUUGUAGAAUAUAUAGAUAAUGAACAAGAUUCAAAAAAAGUUAUACCUUAUAUGUUUAUUCAUGGAGGAACAGAUACACAAGGUGAAGUUUUUGAUGAUUGUUUUUUGUUAAGAUUAACAUUUGAUAAUGAUCAAUAA